CAGGAGGACUCCGUACGUUACAGCGAGCCCGUCCGCUGCCGGGACUGAGAGCUGAGUGCGGGGACUAUAGACGGAGGUGCGGGAUACUGAGAACCGGUGCGGAGCGCCCAGGGACCCCGGGAGCCCCGCGGAGCUGACCGUCACUUCCUAUGCAUCCAGGAGAGAGCCUGAAGAGUCCAGCUGAAAGGACAACAUGGCAGCCAACAAAUUCCUUUUCCCUCUUUGCUACUCCUAAAGGCUGGAACUUCAAAGGGAGGAAAAGGAAGCAGAGUUCCCAGGACAAGGAUGACGCCAUCAGCGUGUGCAGCCUCAACAGGAACGAAGAACCGAGCACUAAACGGGUUAAACCACUUUCAAGGGUCACAUCACUAGCGAAUCUCAUCCCUCCAGUACGGGCAACUCCCUUAAAGAGAUUCAGCCAGUCACUCCAGCGAUCUAUCAGCUUCCGGGGUGAUAGUCGUCCAGAUCUAUUUACACCGAGACCUUGGUCCAGAAAUGCCCCUCCUUCCAUCACGAAGCGCAGGGACAGCAAGCUGUGGAGUGAGACGUUCGAUGUUUGUGUUAAUCAAGUGCUCACUUCCAAGGAGCUCAAGCGUCAGGAGGCUAUUUUUGAGUUAUCUCAAGGAGAGGAAGACCUAAUAGAAGACUUGAAGCUGGCAAAAAAGGCAUAUCAUGACCCAAUGUUGAAACUCUCCAUAAUGACAGAAAAAGAGUUAAUGCAAAUCUUUGGCACCCUGGACUCUCUUAUUCCCCUCCAUGAAGAUCUCCUGCAAUGCCUACGUGAUGUCAGGAAACCAGAUGGCUCCACAGAACAUGUUGGGCACAUCUUAGUGGGUUGGCUGCCCUGUUUAAACUCCUACGACAGCUAUUGCAGUAACCAGGUGGCAGCAAAAGCCCUUCUGGACUACAAGAAACAGGACCACAGAGUACAGGACUUCCUGCAGCGCUGCUUAGAGUCACCUUUUAGCCGGAAAUUAGACUUAUGGAAUUUCUUGGACAUUCCCAGGAGUCGACUGGUGAAAUACCACUUGUUACUGAAAGAAAUACUCAGGCAUACCCCAAAUGACCACCCCGACCAGCAGCCCCUGGAGGAAGCUAUUAAUAUAGUUCAGGGAAUUGUUACUGAAAUUAACGUAAAGACGGGAGAGUCGGAGUGUCACUAUUACAAGGAGAGGCUGAUUUAUCUUGACGAAUGUCAGAAGGAUCCGCUGAUUGAUCAUUCCCGAGCACUGAGCUGUCAUGGAGAGCUGAAGAACAACAGAGGGGCAAAAUUCCAUGUGUUCCUAUUUCAAGAAGUCUUAGUUAUUACAAGAGCCAUCACACAGAAUGACAAACUUUACUACCAAAUCUACCGCCAGCCAAUUCCUAUAAAGGAUCUCAUACUGGACGAUUUACAGGAUGGGGAAGUUCGUGUUGCAGGGUCUCUACGUGGUGCUUUCAGUAACAAUGAAAGAAUUAAAAACUUUUUCCGAGUAGGCUACAAGAAUGGCUCUCAUACACAGUCGCACUCUCUGCAAGCAAAUGACACUUUCAACAAACAGCAGUGGGUGAAUUGUAUCCGACAGGCCAAAGAUUCCGUUCUCUGUUCUGGAGGGGAUGGCAUGCUUCCUUCAGAAGAACAUUUAUUAAUACCUGCAGAGGGAUGCAGUAAUACUCUGCAGGCAACACGAUUUGAACAAAUGGACCACUCAGACAGUAUUUCAGACUGCAGUAUGGACACAAGUGAAGUCAGCAUGGACUGUGAACAGAUGGAACAAACGCACUGUAGCACACACAAACAGGUUGAGAGUGAUAUUUGACAAGUCCUGGACUGCCUGUUACCUGAACAGUAUUUGCAUUCCACAAAUGGAACAGUUGCUGAAGCACUUUUGUAAAA